GUCAAAACGUCCGCACACCUCAGAUCAUUGUUUUUUCUUUCUGAUGGCAAACCCCGCGAACUAAGAAACUGUCCGGGGAAAACUGACGCCCUUUGUCGGUUUGCAAGCUCGAUAAAAAGUGUACGAGUUUUUAUGGAACAUGUCGGAGUCAGAAUUUUACAUGCAGUGUGAGGAGGAGGAACUUGCGCCAUGUCAAAGUAACACGAAUAGGAUAAAUCAGAUGGAGAACAUUAAUCAUGUGCUUAAUGGGCAGGUCUCAGUUUCACCAGAAACAACUGCGUCUCCUGUUCCCACUGCCCAGGCUCCUGCCAUUAAGACAGCACUUCUGCCAGUUGUUCCCGGUUCGGUUGUACCACAACCAAUACUGGCAGGAGUUCUUCAGCCCAUUCAGAUUGCUGCAGGUGGCACCAAGGGGCAACCCAUCUACAUCGCUCCAAAGCUGUCUACAGGCACCCAACAGAACAUUGCAACCCCACUUGGUUACAUCCUGCCUACAGGACAAGCUGUCACGUUUCUGACUGCUACUCAGGCAGGCUCACUGAUCUCCCCUCAGCUUGUGUCUCCAUCAAGCACACUACAACCAUCAACUGUUCAGAUCCCAGUCACUAUCAUCCACAGCCCAUCUGCAGUACAAACUGUCACCACAGUAGCCUCCAGUGGGAUGCCUGCUGUGGGCACCUCACCGUCCAACAGUCUCCCUCACCCCUUUCCAGCUGCCUCAGCUUCAGAACUGCCAUCAACAUCAUCUUCAUCACCACCACCACCACCUCCUCCUCCUCCUCCUCCUCCUGCUGAUCAAAAGCAGACCCUUUUGACACAGCCUGCAAAUAAUGUCCUAGCUCAGGAUUUCACCAAAACUCCCUCUCAGGUCCCAGCUCAGGACACCUCUGUAAAGACUCGAGCCCGAACCCGGAAAUCUGCAUUUUCCCCCAAAGUAUUUCAGAAUGUUUUCAAGGCACCACAGUUCUGUUCUCGCUGUAAUGUGGCCUACAAAGUUGUUCAUGCGCUUCGUGGCUACAUGUGUCACUGUAAUCCAGAGCUCAUAAACAGCGUCCAUGCAUUGGCCACUAGACCCAGAAAACGGGUCAAGCGGGUUAAGCGUAGUAAUAACCCAAAGCAAUCCGUACCCCACACGCAUAAGAGCACUAUUUCCUCCCCUUCCUUCUCAACCUCUACAAGCAGCCAACAUCCAGCAGCCUCUCCUCCUUCUUCUUGUUUGAAACACAUCACCACAUCUGAGAUACCAGAGGGAAUGCUUAGCCCUGGCACUGGUGACUAUGACGCAAACGGCAAGCUUAUCAUGCUAGUGGAAGACUUCUACUACGGGAAGGACCCUGGAAGACCUGUCCUGACAGAGGAUAACCAGGUGGCUGUUAUGAUGAAAUGCCAUCUCUGUGACAAGAAGCUGAAGAACAACAUCAAACUGAUGAACCACAUGAAGCACCAUAUGGACAUGGAGCUACAGAGAGGUGAUGGGAAAUGCCACACUAUGUGCCAGCAUUGCUUCCGUGACUUCAGCACACCCUUCUCCUUGCAAUGCCACCUUGAGACCGUUCACAGCCAAGUUGAGUCUGCAUCACUCUGCAAGAUCUGCGAGUUGUCCUAUGACAGCACUCCCCUCUUUUUGAAUCAUAUGAAACACUCUCACAAGCCUGGUGAAAUGCCCUACAUAUGUCAGGUUUGCAAUUUCCGUUCCUCUUUCUACAAUGAUGUUAUAAUUCACUUCCGUGAGCUCCACAAGGACACAGUCAAUCUUCUGUGCCCUUACUGCCUCAAAGUGUUCAAGUCUUGCAACAGCUAUCAGCUCCACUACAACAAGCACCAGAAAAAGUCAGUGUUGUAUUGUGGCAAGUGCCGACUUCAGUUCCUUUACGCAAAGGAGAAGGCAGAGCACAAGCGUUUAUUUCACCAGACCCAUCUCAAACCUGUGCAGCUGCUGGGGCUUAAGCCUGGUACUAAGAUAACCAUCCGGGCUUAUUCAGUGACUAAGGUAAACGACAACACUAACUUCCGUAAACCUAGUAUAAAGAGUGAAAGCUCUUCGCCAUCCUCAGUUCCUGCACCUCAGGGUGGUGUCCAGAGAAUCACACCUACAAAGAGGAAGCCUGUUGAGAGCAUGUUGGAAAUCAUGACCAAGUUUCAGAAACAGUGCGAGCCAUCAAGAAGUUGGUUCUGUAUAGAAUGUAACUUUGCGAUUCCAGAUUUUUCCACUCACUUCCCCACGUUUGUGCACUGCUCCUUGUGCCAUUAUAGCACCUGCUGCUCCAGAGCAUAUGCUAACCACAUGAUCAGUAAUCACGUUCCUCGCAAAACCACCACUAAAUACCUGAACUUGUACAAGCCCUGUCCAAAGUUGGGUAAACUAAGCUGCAGUGCUUGUGAUUAUUCCACUGAGAUUGGAGACCUCAUGGCCACGCAUCUGACUAAGAAUCCAAGCCACGCCUUCAGCCACUGCAAAUUCAAUGAUGGAUUUUCUCGUGGCUAUAAAAGGUUUGUCUUCAUACCAAGUGACCGGAUUCAGCAGGGCCAGGGGCUUAUCACACAGAAGCAAAAAAUACAGGUUGAUCAGAAUUCACUUCCACAAGCCACUAAUCCUGUUCCCCUUUCCAACCACUGCAUAAACCUCCCUGAUAGCUCUGCACACACCCCAUCUAUUCCCUCUGAAGUACAGCCUGUCGUUGAAAGUACUGUGCCUGAUGAAAAUUGUGGAACACAGCCAAAGGAUGUAACACUACAGCAAAUAACACUUUCUAGUGGAACUCCCACUCAAGCCGGAGCUCCGGCUGAAGGAUCGCUUACUGUAGCACAGCUGAAGAUUGUUCUGUACGCCCUGUGCUUUGGCGUUCCUCAGGCAGCCAGCCAGUUUGAUAGUGAGCCAAAGGAAGUACAAUCCUUGUUACUUAAGCGUCAACUUCAGCUCGGGCCACCAAAGAGCAGAGAAGGGUUAAUUCCUCGAUCAAGUGAUCGGUUAGCUGAGUGGGUAUUGUGCCAGCGUGAGCAGCAGCUUCCUGUAGAUGAAAUCAGUCUUUUUUCCAAGGCUGCUCAGUUCAUGAGUGCUGAUGGUGGGCCAGGCAUCUCUUGUAGUUGGGCUGUGGACUUUCUGAUAAGCCAUGAUUUAUCUCUGCAGUCAUUGGCCACAUCCCGCCGACUGCUACCCCAUAAAGUUCAGGAACGUCUGCUCACUUUUACUUCUGUUAUAAAUAAGCAGGUCACCUCGCACUGCUUGGGUCAGUCAGACAUUGCUGCUAUGGAUGAGCUUUCCAUUUUCAUAGACAUGGAGCAACUUGAUCCUGCCUCAGCUGAUUCUUCUUCCAUCAUGUCUGCUUUUAAGUUGGUUGGUGAAAAGGAUCCUCUUCUAGACGUUGUACUUGCCUCCCUAGCUGAUGGCACUAUCUUACCUACCAUAGUGUUUCUUAGAGGAGAGCCUCUAAGCCCAGAUGCACCACCCUUGCCAGACAUCAUCUUGGAGGCCAAGCCAGAGGGCUUUUCUGAUGAUGAAAGACUCCAGCUAUGGUUUGACAAAGUGUGGUAUCGGCAUGUGAACCCCGAGUCUGGAGGCAAGAGGUUGCUGGUUAUGGACCCAUAUCAGGGUCACCUAAGUCACAAGUUUUUAGCAUUGCUUACCAGUGCAAACACGUUGCCAGGCAUUAUCCCUCAUGCAUGUUCCUGUCGCCUGCAGCCUUUUGAGGCCUGUGUUGGUCUAGUGCUCCGAGAGUUCCUGCAAGCUCGAUGGAGUCAGCAUGUGACUGAAUCGCCACAAGACCUGAUUGGUGCGGUGCCUGCUGACCUAGCUCUUUUGUUCUCAGCCUGGCUCCUUGAAAUGCUCGACAUCCUAGCAGAAAGGCCAGAAUUUCUUCAGCGCUCUUUUGAACCAGUAUUGACUUCUAAUUCAGAAUUGGCACCAGGAGGAUUUGCUGAGUUGGUGCAGAAUCUGACUGAAGCCCUCUUGGUGAGCACAGUUCAGGACCAAGAAUCCAAUGAACCAGAGGCUGAAGACAAAGGCAACAUGUCAUCUGUUGUUUCUCCAAGCCUGUUGCCUUCACCACCCAAUCCCCAAGCUCUGUAGAAAAUCUUUGAGGAAGAUCUUAACUCUUUCCAUGGAUUUAGAGAUGCAGAAAUUAGGAUUUCUUAAAAGUAAAAUCAACAAAAUAUCGAUCCUCCAGGUUGUUUUUAUGCUAAGCUUUUUCAGUACAGUGUACUCUGACCAUUUUUCUUUUUAAUAGGAAAGUAACAUUUGCUCAGUAGCAUAUUGAUCAUGUCUUAAUGUUUCCUGACUGUUCUGUUCAUUUUACAUACACUGCCCUAGCCUCAUUCUGUCAGUCACCAGUGAUGGAAAAGAAUUUGUUGGGUUAAGAGUAUGUCGUGUAGAUGUCUGGAGGUGCACGGUUUAAGAUUUUUCCAUUAUUUCUACCAUUCCUUACACAAUCCCAUGUUUGUAGUAGUUUCCCAUAGUUAGCAAGGGUCUUCUCAGACACUUCUGCAGAAACACUGGAACAAGUUCUGCAGCAAUGAUGUUGGUAUAAUGUACCUACAUUUGUUUGCAUGACUUGUUUUUAUCAUCUACAUAAUGUAUAAAAGUCCCAAGAACAUCUUAGUGCACCUUUAAAAUGUCUCAAAAUACUUACUGUAGCCAUGUACAGAUUAAUAUAUUGUUUACUUUGACUGCUGAACUGUUUUAUAGUUCAGCCAGUGUGUUACUAUUUCCUUGAGUACUAUGACUGCUGUGAAUUGUGCACAUUGCAUAUGAGCAAAAAAGAAAGAAAAAAAAAGUCUCCAUGUACAAACAUUAGAUUAUCUACUGUAUUUAGGGCUGUUUUGUUUAUAAUUCAAGGGCUGUCCUUUGAUAUUACAUAAACCUCAUUUCUAAACAUUUUCUAAA